GUAAAAAUGGACGUUACUAGCUGAAAUGGGAGAAAAACAAUUACACACUUUUCUUCCAAACAGUACCGAUUUUAUAUUUUUGGCCAACAUUCUUGGUGGUCUUCCCGAUGGAGAACAAAUUGCUGUCUCUGCCGGCGGAGAGCAGUGCGAUGGCCUGGCAGUCAGCACAGAGUGUCACCCUGCCAGUCGCAGUCAAGGAGGAGUCCGAUGACGCUGAUGAGGAGAUUGUUGUGGACGCGGCCGAUAAGUCUCUGAGUAUCAUCUUACACGACCAGCAAGCGUCGGCUGGCCCCUCAGCUGCUACUUCGCCAGAUUUCGUCACCGAACUGAAUGCCAGGGCAGAGGCUAUUGUUGAACAUACCAUGGGCCUGGCGAGCGUCGAGGAGGAGAUGUGGCACUCAGCGGAUGAAGAUGUUGAUGUGGUUUCGCUCGACUCGGCCGGGGCGGCCGUGGGUCGGUCCACGUCUGGUCUGACUCGGCGAUCUUCGCUGGACGCAAGCCUCACGGACGACUUCCGCAGCUACAUGGGUCACCUGUCACAGCUGACGGACGAGGCACCUGCUGGCCACCCGCUGUGGACGAACCGGGACACCCACCAGUUGCCCGCCGUCAAUGUGUACUCCUCGGGCGAAGACAGCCCAUGUGAGGUGUGGACCAGCAUGCCCCUGGCCUCGCACUCCCCCCCGCACUGCCUCAUGGAGAAGUCGGCGACCGGCGUCGGCCAUUCCGUUCACCGGCACCUCCCGCUCUACGACUGCGGCGACACCACCAUGGACGACUCGGGAUCGGACGAGGUUUUCCAGCCGCCUUCGGCGAAUGAUGGUUUGUACGAACCGCUGAAUCCAUACUCAUUGUUCAAUCUGCCGACACCAGAGAAUCUGAAGCGGUAUAAAGACAGGAAGAACCGGAAGAAGAAGUUCGAUAUUUUCAAUUUACAUAGCGACAGACCGAACACGGGAAGUUCGGGAUCGGCGAGACAGAAUAUCAGUUUGUCGGAGUUGGGGAGUAUCAGCGAGGGCGAUUCCGACGUGGAUGUUAUGUCAUUGCCAAGCUCAGAGAAUGCUCACCGUCAGCUUCCACCGAACGAAGAGUGUCACAUCUCGAAGGUGACGCACAAAAACGCUUUUGUUUCGUCGGCGUCGAAGUCGGGGAGUCCCGACAGUGUCACAGUUUCGCCGUCGGGGGUAGCUCCUUCGCCCGUUAUCUCGCAGACCGGGAUUACGCCGGGGGGCGAUUGUCAGAGAGCCAUGGCCGAUCAGAGGAAACGGAAGUGGGGGCCAUUAAAACGGCACUGUAACAGUAACGUUGCCGUGUCUCAGGUUUCCCGGGAAACGGCAACCCAGUUUCCGGAGAGAGACCCGCCGUUCAGUCAGGUGGGUGCCAUCGAUGAAAGCGAUCCGACGGGUUACCAUAGAUACAAGAGUGAAGAUCGGUCGAGCAUGCUGAGAGCCACGUCGCCGAUAGUUCCGGACGUCCAUCUGUCGGCCUCGGAUGACAGUGAUGUGGAAGUGGUGAAAAUUGAACAGAGGCCUAGAAGAAUGGAACCGUCUGGGCGAGCAACCGUGGUUGUUGAUCUUACAGAGUCGGACGAUGAGCACAUUCUAAGAAACUCUCAGCCAACAAGAACGACGACAGUCACAACGUCGUCCUCCCUGUCGGACACCCACGUGGUGCCCACCCACUCGCAGACUCGUCUUCACGUGCCCAUGCCGAUCCCCUCCCCGGCCCCGGGCCCGGGCAACCUCCCCCGGCCGUUCGCCGGGCACCACCACUUUCACCCUCUGCCACCGCCGGCCCACUCUCAACCACUUCACCAGCCGACGCCGGCUCACACGUGCGGACGGCACUCCUUCUGUACUGAUCACAGCUACACGUGUGGUGGGCACCCCCCAGUUGUGGACUGUAAUGACCCGUUCGGCUGCUCGUUCCACCACGACCAGGCAUCGUGUCGCCUGCACACGUCGACACCCCACACCCACAGCAAUAACCUGCACGCAGCCCACAUGCACAGCAGUCACAGCCACGCAACCCACAACCACCCGCACUCACAUCGGAUGCACAACAGUCCGUGUGUUAGCUCGUGUAACCAUCUUGCUCACAUUCACCGGCCGACGGCCCAGCCUCUACGAGCGCACAUCCACCACCACCACUACCACCCCGCCCCGUUCUCCGUUCCUCACAACAUCCCCAUGACCAUGCCCCAACCCCACCCACACCCGCAUCAGAGGCUGAUGCACCCGGACCUGUCCUGUCACCAUGGCGACCCGGGAAGCAUGGGCGUGUACCAGCCCCGCGACUCUAUGGCCGCCACACACAGUCCGAUCCCGGUGGUUCCCCCCGUACAUGCCCAGUCGGUGCCGGAUCUCAUGGCCAUGCACUCGCAGGGAAGAGGAGGAGGAACGUGCGGGGCGGGCAACCCCGGACCACAGUCGGUGACCCCGCGUAGUGAGAUGGGACAGUGCAAUCCUAACUCUGUGAGCCAGGCGAUGCCCGGUCAGCCUCAGCAGCAUCUACACCAUCACCUGCACCACUACCACCUGAACCCUGCGUCACGCAUCCACCCGUGGCCACCUCUACAUAUGCCGUCAUUCCUAAUGCCCCCAAUGCCAGACAUGCCUCCUUUCCCCGUAUUUCCGUCGUUUCAACGGUUGCCACGAAAUAUGCAAAUGAGGCUCGGUGGAAUGGUGUAUCACGGUCCAAUAGUUGAGUUCAAUUUUGACGGAAGAGGAGGCAACGGGAACAUCGGGGCCAGUCAGGUGGUGAUAGAGCAAAACACUCUUCCCCACAAGUACAAGAAGACGAAGCGGUGUACUGAUGUUGAUGACCCGUAUCACAUGGAGAAAUGUACAAUUUGUCUCUGCGAGUUCGAAGACGGAGAAGAUGUCAGACGUCUUCCUUGCAUGCACCUGUUCCACAUCGAAUGCGUCGACCAGUGGCUGUCGACAAACAAGAAGUGCCCCAUCUGUCGGGUUGACAUACAGGCGGGGUCGAAGGAACAGCUCGUGUCAGAAUAGCUAUUUAUAUAUCCGCGGAGUAUUUUCAAACCUCUUAUUUAUAUAUUAUCUACAGAGUAGAUUUACAGAGUUACAGAGGCUGAGCAGAGUUCCGUAGCCUUGUGAGAUGUUUCCGACCGAUAAAGCCUUUUUUAUUUAAACAAACCAAAUCACAAUUACUUAUUACCCAUAUGGCCUAAUAAUAUUAGUACUAUCCAAUGACUUAUAUUUUCCUUUCGCAGAGUCUUAGUGCUACGAUAGCGUAAAACUGUUGUAGCCUAUUGCAAGUAUCACAAAUGCACUAGCCCCUCGGUCGACUGCCGGAUAGUUAAUUUUUGGUCUGGGGUCUCUGUAAGGACUAGAGAUUUUCUCGAAAUAGUUUGUCAAACACUGCAGUGAUGGCACAGCCGACGAACAGUGGUGUGAUCCAAACAUCCCAACAGAUGUAUGGCUUAAGAUUUUCCAGCCAGUCAUUUACUUUCAAGUUUUCUACAUUUUCAGUCAUUAAAGCUUAUCGGCUGCAUUACUAUAAUACAUAGGGCAUUAGCCAAUGUUUCUGUAAAGACUAGAGAUUUUCUUGAAAUAUUUUGUCAAACACUGCAGUGAUGGCAUAGCCGACUAACAGUGGUGUGGUCUAAACACCCCAACAGAUGUAUUGCUUAAAAUCUUCCAUUGAGCCCUCUCCUCCAAGGUGUCUACAUUUUCAGUCAUUAAAAGGGCUCCGUUGGUUGGAAACAUCUUAAACGUUGGCACCAAACUCCAGACGGUCUCCUCGUAUACAGAUUAUUUAUUUUUUAAAAAGGCCAGAUUGCUAGUGCUCAGCGUAGUGGGUUGCUUUGUUCUCGUAAUAGAAAUAUUUGUGUGAGGGAGUGGGCAGGGCGAUAUUUAGUUUGCUGCACCUACUUGCUGUAUAUUUACGAUACGUUUUGUCUGGUUUACUUGCUAUAUAUUUACGAUAGGUUUUUGUCUGGUCUGCGCUUCAGCGUCCAUCCAAUUUUAUCUGGUCUGCGCUUCAGUGUCCAUCUAGUUAAUACAGAACAGCAAAUGAAACGCCGAUACCAGGAAACAUUUUAUUUUUCUAAAUCUUGAUUAGCGAUUUUUCUAGUCGAUUGAAAAUUGAUUAGCAACUACUGUUUAAUGUUUUAAAAUUGUUUACCAAUCUUUGAAACUUGCAUUGCAAAAUGUUCCCUGGAUAUUUUCAAUUUAUUUGAUAAAUUAAUUAAGUUAAUUUUAUAAAUAGAAAAUUGUUUAGCAAUCUUUGAAACUUGCAUUGCAAAAUGUUUCCUGGAUAUUUUCAAUUCAAAAACUCAAUUCAGUUAAUUUGAUAAAUGGACUUGUCAAAGUGGAUGUAAAAUGUUCACGAGACAUUGAGUCGAAGAAAUAAUGAUAUUCAAAUAGAAUUAAUUUAAAUAAGGAAAACUAAAUUGGUAUUUUCGUUUCUUUUGUUUGUUCAGUGUGGACUAGGUUUUCGUAUUCCUCUUAUGAUUUUUGUGGGUUACCCAGAAUGAAAUUGGUUUUCUGUUUGUUUUCUUUUUGAAAGAAAAUCAAGUCUUAAUGGAUUAUGGAUGUAAUUUCUUAUACGUUUGUUUUGUUGUUUUUUCUCUCAAAAUAUUGAAAUCAAAUCAAGUUAUAAAAAAAAUUAAUAUUAAAAUUUACAAAAUCCUAUUAUUAAGGAUUGUUUUUUUUUGUUUUUUUUUUUUAGUGUAGGUGUAUGCUUCACAUUGAAGACAAAGACUUCCAUUUUAUUGGUCUGACAUAUAUUGUUAGUAUAUGCUGGAGUUUUAUUGAUAUUCUCUCUAAAUGCCUCAUAUUCAGCGUCUUUCCUGCAAUAGCCAGUGAUUAAAAAUCAAUGUGCUCUAGUGGUGUCGUUAAACAAAACAAACUGUAACUUUCCUGCAAUUCUACAUUAAGGCUGUAUCAUAUGUUUAUUCUUGCCCGAUUUUGAAGUGAUAAAUUCACAGCUUUUUAUAUUAACUACCUCCUUCCCCUUCCCCCAUAACCUGUCAUUCGUUUAUGCAUGUACUAUUUAAACUCGAAAGUUGCUGAUGUUGUGUGAAGGUACUGAUGCCAGUUUCCGUCCCUAAUUGCUGUCAUGGCUGGAACUGGAUUCCUUGCUUCUGGAAAUCACACAUUUUUAAUUGGAUGUAAAAGAUUGAGAUGGAAUUGCAAAAUAUUACAACGUUUACGUCCUUUUUACAAUUCCGGCGGAUUCUCCGAAAACAAUAUUUGGAAAUUCAAUGCCAAUGUGGCUAUCAUCAGUCGAGUUUGGUCAAGAGCUAUUCAGCUUCAGUUGUUUUUGUGCCUAUCUACAUGUUUGAAGUGAAAUACUGUUUUGACAGUAAAAGAUUUGUUGAGACUAAGGUCCUUGAUUAAUAAAUAUAUAGCUUUGUUACCCUAUUUAAACUUUUGUCGUGGUUGUAUUUAAGUAUUGUCUGUAAUCGGGGGAAAUAAUUGCUUAGGCUGUGUGGGACUGUUUACUGUAUUUCAAAACCUCCAGUUAUAUUCAGUGUUACAUACAGUUUAUGCUGGACAUAUUUGUCACCUCAAUUUUUUGUUUUUUUUACUUUCAACCUUUUUAAAGUUAAAUCUUUGUUAUUUACACCACAAUGCCAGCUGGACAUUGGGUUAAAUGUAAGCAUGAUGACCAUUGGUUUGCCUGUGGUUUAUUUCAGAUGUAAUGUUGUUAGCGAUUGGUCUCCAAAUAUGUUGUUAGCGAUUGGUCUCCAAAUGUAAGCAUGAUAAUCAUUGGUCUGGACCUAGAUACAAGCAUGCUAGUCAUUGGAUACAGAUGUAAUGUUGAUAGCUAAUGGUCCAGAUGUAAGCAUGGCAGUCAUUGGUUUGGUCCUAUCUGUUAGUCAUUGUUCCAUAUAAUAUGCAGUUGACAGCCUUUAGUCCAAAUGUAGCUGUGGGUUUGAGUGUCGGGAAUGAUACUUGUAGCUAGUGACCUCUAUAUCAAACUGUGCUCUAGUGGUGUCGUUAAACAAAACAAACUUUAUCUUUGUCUAUAUCAAAAUGUAACUUGAAGCUACUUUUUUGGGGGGGGGGGGGGGCCUAUCUAAUAGCAUCUUUUUAUGAUGCAUCUUCUUAAUUGCAAUAUUAAAAUUUUUAAGGUUUAACAUUCUAAGCAUACAUUACAGUUUGUAUUUUUAAAAAUAUUUUAAAUUGUGUAAUUUUGGUAAAUUAUUUGCAGAUACGCAAGAAGAUUAUGUGAUUACAAGCUCUUUUUUUUUGGUUGCAUUUUCCUCAUAGUGCAUAUAAUACAAUACAUCGUCUUUGGGAGUAACUCUGUAAAGUUUAAAAUUCUAAGUAUAUAUUUAUAUUUAUAUCACCAACUUUGUAUUUUUGCCAUUUCAAUUAAAUUUUAUUUAACAUAGCCAAUUCUUGACAGAUCUGUGAAUAGACUUCGUAAUUCUAAGCUUUUUGCAUUUUUAUUCUGGCACACAUACUUGUAAGGUUGUCUGUUUUUGUUUUUUAAAGAAAAUUAAUCAAAGUUUAAAAUUCUUAUUACCGGUAUAUAGACAGUGUUUCUGCCAGAAAGAAAUGUUUGGGUAUGGCGCUAUGUUAUUGAAUGCAACCACAGUCAACAGGGAGUCCUCCUCCACAAAGAAAGUGGGUUACAUUUAGGGUUAGGCUUAAGAAAUUCAUACAGUAAUGAUCAAGAGUCAUUAAUUUUGUCAAAAUGUUAAC